AUGGAUGAAAAAGUCAUAGUAACCGGUGCUUCAGGCUUUGUUGCCUCUCAUAUCGUAAACAUCUUGCUUUCAGAGCGAUUCCACGUUAUUGGAACCGUGCGCAGCAAGGAAAAGGCAGAGAAGCUCCUCUACGCUUUUGAGCAUUACUAUCCAUACGCGACUUUGGAGGUGGAAAUUGUGCCUGAUAUUGGGGUCAAUGGCGCCUUUGACGCGCUCUUCAAGAAGCAUCCAGACACGCAGCACGUUAUUCAUACUGCAUGUCCUGUGUCCCUAGGUGAAGGUGUCACUUUGGAACAAAGUUAUCUGAUUCCGGCGGUCCACGGUACAAGAAAUAUUUUGGAAGCCACGCAACGACUAGGUAAAAAUGUUAAACACGUAGUGAUUACUUCGUCUUUUGUUGCUGUCAACAAUAAAUCGCGCGCAAAUGAUCCCGACUUUAUCAACUUUGAAGAGAGUUGGAACCCUAUUACUUGGGAAAAUGCGCAAGAAGAUUCUCGGGAAGCGUACGCAGCUGCCAAGAAAUUGGCCGAACAGUAUGCGUGGGACUUUUACGAGAAGAACAAGGACGAAUUGCCGUGGACGUUAACUUCAAUAAAUCCACCUUUAGUUUUUGGACCGCAAAUUUUUGAAUGGGGGCUAGACCGAAAUCAGCUAAACUUUUCCGCCGAGAUGAUCAAUAGUGCUCUCAAGCUUCCUCCUGAUUUUGAAGGUCCCUUUGAUUUUCCAAAUGGACUGUGCUCUGAUGUGCGCGACGUAGCGCUAGUUCACAUGUUACCAUUAAGGAAUGGAAACUUAGCCGGCCAGCGGCUUAUACCAAUAUGUGGCACGGGACUCAGAGGGAAGAACUACGAGGAUGGUAAAUGGAAUUUACAACGCAUUUUGGAAGUCAUUCACAAGAAUUUCCCCGAAUUGAAAGGCAAAGUCCCAGUUGGUAAACUCCAGAAUAACAAGCAAUAUCUUGACAAAGUGACAAACUACAACAAUGAUAUCACAUGCAGACUCACAGGCAUUGAGUUCAAACACUUUGAGACAACGGUGCGGGACACGGUCAAGCAAAUCUUGGAAUACAACUCUAGCCGGUCCAAAACUUGA